UUCGCUUCCGUGGCGGUUGGAUGUGGUUUCUGUAAUUAUGCAUAUUUUUGAUCUUGAGGACUGCGUACGCGUUGUCUCUGUUUCUCUUUUAUUUCCAAAAUCGUUGUAAUUGGCGUAGGAGUGUAAUAACUCUGCUCAGAACCAUAUAUUGAAUGAAUAAAAGAAUGAAUGUGCUCUAGUCAAAGCUGACCUUAGUAUAUAGAAACGUCAAUAUAUGCGUGAAAGAGAAAUGUUGCCGACAACACCGAAAGAUUCAGAGAUAAAAGAUGGAGAAAAUAAAACUUUAAUUAAAAUUGUAGAACGUCCAACAUUCAUAUUGAAAACUAGAGAAGGAGAAAAUAGAGCUGUAUCCCCAAGUCAACGUAAUGGACACAAAAAGGAUAAUGAUGCAGCAGCAGCAACAAAAUCACAAGAAACAAUUCGCAUACUUUCCACAUAUCCUGAGAUGAUCAGUUGUUUUAAAUUCAUGGAUGAAAAUAUGCAAUUAUGCGAAAGUGCAAUAGAAUAUCUAUAUGACCAACAAGACUUUCUUGUUGUUGGCUGUUUAGGUACACAAAGUGUUGGCAAAUCAACAAUUAUGUCCCUGUUAACACAUGAAGAUAUGCCAGAUAUUUUUCCAGUUCAAGAUUUAUCACAUCAUGAAAGUGCUACCAAUUGUACCACAGGGAUAGAUAUAUUUAUAACUAAAAAUAGAGUAAUAUAUCUGGAUACACAACCUGUGCUUUCCAUAUCUGCAUUUGACAAUUCCACAUCAUCAUUUGAUCAAAAGAAGACUGUAUCUGAUUUUACAAACACUGAAACUAAUUUAGAGCUGCAAUCACUUCAAUUUAUGGCAUUCAUGUUCUCAGUGUGUCAUGUAAUAAUAUUUGUACAAGAUUGGUGCUGCGAUUUAAAUUCAGUAAGAUUAUUACAAACGGCAGAAAUGUUAAAGCCAUCCUCAACAACCACCAUGGAUCAAGAUUAUGUAGAAUAUUAUCCACAUCUUAUAUUUUUACAUAAUAAGGCAGAACCGCAAGACUUUAUGCCCUCAUCUAUUGAGAGAAUGAAGGAUUUUUAUAAAAAAACAUUUUCUAGUUCAAGAUUACAAACUCAUAGUGGUAUAGAUAUGAGCCAGGAUUCGACAGAAAAUGGCUUAAAUUUGUUUUUGAUACCAUCAAAUUUGAACAGGAAUAAAGAAGCUAGUACAGAAGACAUAUUUUUCGGAGAAAGCGAAAAAUCCCUCCUAGACAAAUUACGACGAAAAAUACACGGAGUAACGAAAAAUCCAAUGACGCCGUCUGUAUUAACAGAGAAGAACUGGUACCAUUAUGUUUCAAAAGUCAUAGAAGCGAUAAAAAAGAGUCAUUUGUCUUCUGAAUAUGGAAGAUUGAUGCCUUAAAUUUAAAAGAAAAUACAAGAAGAUUUCAUUUGCUUCGGAAGAUAAAAGAUGGAUGAACUCGGUACAGCAAUUGAGAAUGAGUUCUCUGGAUUCAGUUCUAACUCGUACGUGCGGCAAAAUUUCUUUGAUCAUUUUAUUUAUUGAUGCACGAGGGAGAGUGAGCUCAUCAUCAUCAGUCGGAGACAUCGCACCCGAGGCCAUUUGGUUAC